AUGUCUGAGCGAAAAGUCUUGACAAAAUACUACCCUCCCGACUUCGAUCCGUCGGCGAUCGGGCGGACACCAAAGCACCUCCGGCAGAAGGGACCGAAGGUCAUCACAGUCCGACUGAUGGCACCGUUUCCCAUGAAGUGUACUAAUUGCGGCGAGUACAUCUACCGGGGCCGAAAAUUCAAUGCGCGAAAGCAGACUUUGGAGGAGCGAUACCUCAAUAUUCCCAUCUACCGAUUCUUCAUCCGCUGUACGAGAUGCAGCGGUGAGAUUACGUUCCGUACAGAUCCAAAGAAUAUGGAUUAUGAGUGUGAAAAAGGAGCCAAGCGAAACUUUGAGCCUUGGAGAGACUCCAAGUCUGGCAAGUACAACGAAACAGAAGAGGAGACACUCGAUCGACUCGAGCGAGAGGAAAACGAACACGAGGAACAGCUGGAGCAAGACAAGAUGGCAGAGUUGGAAGAGAAAAUGCAGGACUCGAAGCGCGAAAUGGCGAUCGCCGAUGCCCUUGACGAAAUUCGGACGAGGAAUGCUCGCAUAGCUCGAAACGAAGGAAUAGCAGAUGAGGUUGCCUUGGACCACAUCCACAAUGAAGUAGACGAGGCCAAGCUACGAGAGGAGAAGGAGAUCGAGGAAGCUGCACGGAGAGCUUUUACCACAGCGUCGGGUGAGAAAGUCAAGCGAAUUGUCGACGAAGAGGAGCUAGCAGGGCCAAGGCCCGGGCCCUCGCAGGCGAAGAAUGCCCGGCUUGAAAUGCCGCCCCCAUCCACAUCUUUUGCUCGUGUCAAAAAGGCAAAGAAACCUGGCGUUAGUCUUCUGGGUAUCAAGAAAAAGCCAUCAUUGGUCUGA